AUGCAUCUCGGAAAAUCCACCACGUCUCUAUCAUUCUGGGUAUCCCAAGAGGCGUCCCCCCAGUCAUCUCUAACCAAAGAUGAUGUUCUUGAGCUUCUCCUUCUCGCCGCUCUCCUCGCACAUGCCCCUGAAGACGCCGCCGUCCUUCUCCCACAGCUCUUGGGGGCUGCCGUACUCGGCGACGGCGCCGUCGCUGAGGACCAGGAUGCGGUCAAAGUCGGCAAUUGUGCUCAGGCGGUGGGCGAUGACGAUGAGCGUCGAGUCGUUGAACUCCUCGCGGAUGGACCGCUGAAUCAGCGCGUCGGUCGCCAUGUCGACGGCCGACGUCGCCUCGUCGAGGACCAUGACCUUGGGCCGCGAGACGAUGGCGCGCGCGAGGCAGAGCAGCUGGCGCUGGCCCUGCGAGAGGUUCCCGCCGCCCUCGGAGAUGGGGGAGUUGAGGCUGCGGAAGACGUUGGUGUUCUUCUGCGUCGCGUCGAGCGAGGGCGUCUCGCUGGUGUCGUUGGCGGCGGCGGAGCUGGACGGCUCGCCGGGCGUCGACGGGCUCGACUCCACCAGGUGCACGCGCUGCAGAGAGUCGCGGAGAUCGGCGUCGGUCUGGUUGUCAAAGGGGUCAAGGUUGGAGCGCACGGUGCCGGAGAAGAGGACGGGGUCCUGCGGGAUGAUGGCGAGGCGGGAGCGCAGCUCGUGGAGCUUGACCUUGGAGAUGUCGAGGCCGUCGACGUGGAUGCUUCCCGAGCGGGCCUCGAGGAAGCGGAAGAGGGCGAGGGUCAGCGAGGACUUGCCGGCGCCCGUGCGGCCGACGACGCCGACGCGCUCGUUCCGGUUGACGCUAAAGGACAGGCCCUUGAGGACGGGAGAGAGGUCCUCGGCGUAGCUGACCACAAGGUCCUUGACCUCCAGACGGCCCUCGGUGGGCCACGUCGCGGGGGGCUCGAUGCCGCCCUGGUCUUCGGUCUUGAGGUCCGAGUACUCGACGACGCGCUCUGCGGCGUUCAUGUCGAGCUCAAUGUUGGCGUAGUGGCGGAUGGACCAGACGAUGGCUUGCGAGAACUCGAGCGCGAAGGAGAGGGUGAAACCGGCGAGCGCGGCGUCCAUGGAGGGGCUGCCGAGGACGACGAAGCCGACGGCCGUGGAGAACAGGGCACCGAUGAGGGACAUGCGCCAGCCCAUCCAGCGGUUGAACAGCCACAGGUGCCAGGAGGCCAUGCCGUAGUCGUCAAGGCGGGAGUACAUGGAGUCGAUGUAGACCUGGGCCUUGUCAGCGCCGCGGAUGGUCAUCAUGCCGACGAGCGUGGAGCCGAAGAGGUCGAAGAUGGGCGACUUGGUCGUGCUCUCAAGGCGCUUGGCGGGUCUGGCGCCGGCGAGGACACAGGCCAGCGGAAUGAUGAGCGGGGAGACGUAGAAGGCGGUGAUGCAGAUUCCGAGGACGCUGAGGAUGGCACCGAAGACGCCCGAGAGAUCCAUACCGAGGCGGUUGUCAAUGACGUUGAAGUCCGCGGUGAAGCGGUUGAGGACUCGGCCGGUGGGGACGGUGUCGAGCCAGCGGAGCGGGGUGCGGAGGACGGUGCGGGUGAUGCCCUCGAACAUGCUGCGACUGGCCUUGUAGCUCAUGACGAAGAAGUAGAAGAAGCGACCGGUGCCGAGGAUGGCGGAGAAGGCGGAGAUGCCGACGUAAACACUCAGGUAGAACAAAGUGUUCUUGUCCAUGGUGAUGUUGACGGUGCUGGACGGUACGUGGAGUUCGCUAUGCUGGAGAGUGAGGGCGACGCCACCAUCUCCGUUGAGCUCAGCGACUUCGGGAGCCUCAAUGUCAGAUGCCUGCUCCGAGUUGACAGCAGUAGCAUCCUCAUCAGCAGUCUCCUGGGAGGACUGCUCGUGGCUCUUGAUCAGCUGCAGCGUUCCAUCCUCGGUAAGCUCGGACAUGAAACCAGAGUGUUGGACUGUGCCGUCGCCGAGCUCAACGAGGAACUUGGUCUUGGGCUCGCAGAGCGCAACGUGGUGGGUGACCAGAAUGCGGGUUCGGCCCUGGCAAAGCUCGCCAGUAAGGCACUUCUCGUAAAUGUGGCGGCCGACGUGGGCGUCGACGGCGCUGAAGAUGUCGUCGAGGACGAGGAUGCCGGCGCGCGAGUAAAUGGCCCGGGCGAGGGUGAGACGCCACUUCUGACCACCGCUGAGGUUGAUACCGUUGGCUCCCAGCUCGGUCUUGUCGCCGUCGGUGAGCAUUUCCAGAUCCUUCUUGAGGGCGCAGACCUCGAUGGUUUUGUUGUAGCGCUCCUCGUCAAGGGGAAGACCGAAGAGGAUGUUGCUCUUCAAGGUAGCGUUCUCAAUCCAGGGGAUCUGGCCGACGAACGAGAUGCUGCUGGGGAUGAUCCAGUUGCCACGGUUGGCCUUGUCGUCGUUCCGCUCGUGGAUCGCGGGAGGCUUGGGUGCGUAGAUCUUGCCGGACAGGAGAUCGGACUCUCCGAGAAUAGCUGCCAGCAACAAACUCUUGCCUGUGCCAGUCUUGCCAGAAAUGACGGACAGCUCACCAGCGGGGAAGGUGACGUUGACGUUGCGCAGAAUGAACCUGUCCUCCUCCUUGGUUUCCUCGUCAACGGGCCAGGCGACGGUGGCGUUCUCGAAAGCGACAUCGGGACCAUCCGUGACGGUCUUGGUCUUCUCGGGUCCGUUCAGGUAGUCCUGAAUUCUCUUCACGGAGAUGUUGGCGUCGAUGACGUCGGUGAUGAGCUCGGGGAUGACGGCCAGGGUGACCUCGAGGUUCUUGAAGACACCGAUACUGACAAAAGCAACCGACGGGAUCAAGGUGCCGUUGAUGAAGGAAUAAACGGCGAGGGAGACAGCGGCCAAGACGAUAGGACUGGUGAUCCACAUGCCAAAAAGCACAGUCGCGCCAAGCUCCUUCUCGCGCAUGUCGAGAAUUCGCUUCUCCCACUGGGGCUCAAGCGCGGAGAACUUGAUCUGGCGCAUACCCACAAGAGCCUCGUUCACAACGGCAAGCUUCUGGUCACGGAUCUUCAUCAACUUGUCCUGCGCCUUGGAGUAGACCUUGGCGUACGUGAAGUUGAUGGGGAGAAGGAUGCCCCACGCGAGAAGUCCGGCACAGAGGGGACCCCAGCCGAGCAGGUAGACGAGAAACCAGAUGGCAACGAUCAACUUGGCAGUGCUGGAGGGGAAAAGGAACUGGAAGGCAGAGAAGUCAGAGAUGCGCUUGGCGUCAACGCCGAGCAGGUUGAUGAUGGCCUGCUUCGACUUGAGGACGCUGUCGUCCUCGGCCUCUUCCUCUUCGUCGUCCUUGGACUUCUUGUCGUCCUUUCCGUUGGCCUCUUCCUCCUUCGGCUCGGCUUCCUGCUUGGAGGCUGCCUUGACGUUCUUCCUGCGCAUGGACUUCUCAAAGAUAAGAGCAGACAGGGCGCCGCGGAGGGGGAUGCACAGCUCGGCCCACGACAGCCAGAACAUGGUCGCCUCAGCCCAAGCGUCGGCCAAGAUGGCGAGGCCGAGCCAGAAUACCAGGAUCCAGAUGUCGAAGGGGAGCUCGUCGCCGGGGUGUCUACGCUGGAGGGCCUCGAGGAUCUGCAGAGUGAUCCACGAAGGGGCGAAGCUCAAGAAUGCCUUGGAGAUGGCGAUGGACCAUUGCACGAACAAAGGCACACGGUAGGCCCAGACGAUGGCCCACCACAGGUUCAAGUCGGACUUGAAGUUGUACGACUUCCACGCCGCAGCCGAGUCCUCAGAUCUGGUCCAAUGGUCGGGCUUAGGGAGGUCGGACGCAUCGAGAUCCUUCUUCUUGGUGGCCAGAUCAAUGAUCUCGCUACACCAGCCCCAAGUAAAGCGGGUGUAAGCGGGUACCGUCCUGAGGCGGUCCACGACCUUGCCUUCAAAGUAGACAUCAGGUCUUCUGGGCAAAGCAACGCCGGUUAUCACAAGGCCGAAGGUAAGGACUAG